AUGCCACAAAAGAAAAAAGCAACUGGACGUAGAUCUGAACCUAAGCUAUUUCGUUGUACAGGAUUUGGUAACUGUGAUAUGGUCUUUACUCGCAGUGAGCAUUUAGCUAGACAUGCAAGAAAGCAUACAGGAGAGAAACCAUUUAAAUGUGUUGUACCUAAUUGUGAUCGAAUGUUUAGUAGAUUUGAUAAUAUGAUGCAGCAUACACAUACUCAUAAUCGUACAAAAAAGAAAGAUAGCCAUGGCUCAGAUAAUAAUCACAAAAAGAUUGUACCUGAAAAUAAAGCCAAUAAUAUGCAUUUACCUUCUAUGCCUAAUUCACCAAAGACUUAUAAUAGCCAAAAGCCUCAUAUGAUUGAUAACCAUAUAAUUUUACCCGGUCCACGUCCAGUAAAUGAUCCUAAUAAUAAACCAGCUACAGUUAUCUAUCCACAUCCAAUGUAUUAUCAGCAACAACAACAACAACAACAACAAACUUACCCUCAUCCUCCUCCAUCUCCUAAUUCUCAACAAGAGGAGGAUUAUAUCAAAUAUCAACAGCAGUAUUAUAGUCAUUAUCCUAUUCAACAACAGCAAGCUUGGGGUACUCCUACUAUCUAUUAUACAUCUACAACUCCAUCCCAAUUCCCUUCCACAAACAUGAUGAUGCCUCCUCCACACUCGCAUCAUCAUCCACCACCUCCUCUUUCUCAACACCCUCCCCCUCCCUCACUAUCUCAACAACAGCAACCGUCUUUUGUAUCAUCUAAUAUGACUGAUUAUUUUGGAAAACAAGAACAGCAAGAACAGCAACAGCAAGAACAACAACAGCGUAAAAAUUCAAUUCAUAGCGAAUCAACGACAAUUACAAUGUCAAAAAGAAAACUUUCGUAUAUUGAAUUGUCUACACCUAUUCAAGAAUUAGGAUUAAAAAAUCAUUAUUAUCCCAUUAUGGCCUUAGCUAAUAAUCGUGCUUCUUCUGAUUCAACUACAACAACAAUGAUAGAAGACGACGACGACGACGAUGAAAGGCAAAUGUCGCCAUUAUCUAUCAAUGAUUUAGAAAUGAAUAGUGAUAAUAGCAACAAAUCUUCACCGAUAUCAUCCCGUUUCAAGCCAGAUGGUAUUGAUAUCACACUAGAUGAAUAUGAAGCACUUCAAGGUUUUGGUAAAUUCUGUACCGAACCUAUAGUUCGAGAACCUAUCUUAAUGACCCGUAUUACGACUUCACCUUCUUCUUGUAUUUCUUUGCCUAUUGAACUACCUCCUUUACACAAUAUAUCACCUGCUGCCGUUUUAUCGAAUACAGUCAGUUUAUCUUCUCGAAUCCAGGCUUUCCGUCAACACGUCUUAACUGCACAUGAAUCCUUUCAAAGACCAGUACGAAAUGGCGUCAUCUAA